UCCCGUGCUUCUAUGGAAAAAAACCAAAAAAAACAUGCCAGUCAACAACCAACCGAACACAACGAUACUACGCCAACAGCAACUCAGUCAACAGACUCAUUGCGUCUAAAUGGCGAGGCAUUCAAACUGAGUGAGCUUUAGUUAUCAAAACAAAUGAUGACACUGCAACAACUGGUGAAACAAUGCUCUUCAAUAAAAUAGCUACCGCGAUACCGCAAAAGGCAGGCAAUAACAUCGGGUAUAAAAGCAUCGACUUCGCUGUUCCAGAAGACACAUCACUUCCUCGCUGUAUUGAAAGAGCAUCUUAGCAUCAGUAAUGGAACUCAAAGCCCGAUCUAUUCUUCUGUUUUUGUCUCUUGUUUUAGCCACUACCCUAGCUGAAUCCAACCGCGAAAAAAGAUCACCCGAUGGACAUGGACAUCACGGUCAUCAUGACCACAGUCACGAUCACGGACACGACCACGGACAGGGCGCCCCAGUUCACAGUCCACAUGCAGAUGCAGACUAUGUCAGUCCAGUAGCGAUUCCGUCUUACGAUGCUAAACCAGAACCACAAUAUUACGAUCAACCGUCUGCUCCAUCUUACGAUGCCCCUAAAGGCCCUCCAGAAUACGAAGCCCAAGCAGCACCAUACUUCAGCCCUUCAGCUUCUUCAUACAGCCCUCCUGCUCCUCAACCUUAUCCAGUUUAUAGUUCCCCUUCGUACAAUCCUCCUGCCCCUCAAUAUCCAUCUCCGGCUUCAUCUUACAGCCCCCCAGCUUACAGUGCCCCCGAUCCUUAUUACUCAACCCCUGCUCCGCAGUACACUCCUCCGGCUCCUCAAUACAGUCAAUCUUACGAAGCCCCUCAACAUUCAUACGAGGCCCCUCAACCGUCGUACGAAGCCCCUCAACACUCUUACGGAGCCCCGAAAGCCAAGAAACCUAAGGGCAGCUAUGGUGCCCCAAAAGCCACCAAAGCUCCAAAAGCUAAAGCACCCAAGGGUGUCUAUGGCGCUCCAAAGGCAACUAAGAAACCCAAGUCCAGCUAUGGACCUCCACAGAAGGCGUACGGUGCUCCCCAACAGUCAUAUGCUGCCCCAGCACCUUCUUACCACGCCCCUGCCUACCAAGCCCCUUCCUACCAAGCCCCUUCCUACCAAGCCCCAGCUUAUUCAGCUCCUGUUCCUGCGUACAGCCCACCGGCCUACUCUCCCCAAGUCUAUGGCCGCUAACGAUUACGUAAAACGAUAUCGCUGGCCGAUUUACGUGUUUAGUGUUUCCUUUUGUCCUUCUAUCAUUUGAUAUGAUUUUCACCUUUUCCCUCCAAUCAGUUAACUGAAUGUGCACAUUUUGUAAUUGUUACGGACUCAGAUUUUUUUUUUUUCGUGUGAUGUACAAUUAUAACAAAAAAUUUCACAAAACUAA